GCGGGAUCAGGGUCGAGGUGGCUGCAGUCAGUUCUUCAUCACUCAUCUUCCCUCAGCGCGAGACGAGACGACUGUUCCUUCAGACAUGUCCGACUACUCCAGCGUGGCUCCGCCGUCUUCAAACUCCGGUGGAGGGGUGAACGAUGCUUUUAAAGACGCUCUUCAGAGGGCCAGACAAAUUGCUGCAAAAAUAGGAGGUGAUGGCGUUGCUCCUCCAUCUGUCAGUGAAUUUGGAUAUGGUGGACAAAAGAGGCCCCUUGAAGAUGCAGAUCAACCAGAAACAAAGAAAGUUCCACCAAGUGAUCCUUUUUCAGCUGUAAUGGGAGGAAUGGGUGGCCCACCAAGGUCUAUAUCAGAGGAGUUCAAGGUACCAGAUGGCAUGGUUGGCUUCAUUAUUGGCAGGGGAGGAGAACAGAUAUCAAAAAUGCAGCAGGAGUCAGGGUGUAAAAUACAGAUUGCUCCAGACAGUGGUGGCAUGCCGGAUAGGUCAGUGACAUUAACAGGCUCACCUGAUUCCAUCCAAGCUGCAAAGAGGUUACUGACAGAAAUUGUAGAAAAAGGCAGACCCUCCCCAGCUUUCCACCACAAUGAUGGCCCAGGGAUGUCAGUUCAGGAGAUCAUGGUCCCUGCCACCAAAGCAGGCCUGGUCAUCGGAAAGGGAGGAGAAACAAUCAAACAGUUACAGGAACGUGCUGGAGUCAAAAUGGUCAUGAUUCAAGAUGGGCCACAAAACACAGGUGCUGAUAAACCACUCAGGAUCUCUGGAGAUCCUUUUAAAGUUCAGCAAGCCAAAGAGAUGGUGAUGGAUCUGAUCAGAGAUCAGGGUUUCCGGGAACAAAGAGGAGAGUAUGGUUCAAGAGUAGGUGGAGACAGUCUGGAUGUCCCUGUGCCAAGGUUUGCAGUUGGAAUUGUGAUUGGCAGGAGUGGUGAAAUGAUCAAGAAGAUUCAGAAUGACACUGGUGUAAGGAUUCAGUUCAAACCAGAUGAUGGCACCACACCAGAGAGAAUCGCUCAGAUCUUGGGGCCACCAGACAGGGCACAGCACGCAGCAGAUAUCAUAACUGACUUGCUAAGGAGCGUGCAGACUGGAGGGCCUCCAGGACAUGGAGGCAGAGGGAGGGGCCGUGGACAGGGAAAUUGGAACAUGGGCCCCCCUGGAGGCCUGCAGGAAUUUAAUUUCACAGUCCCCACCAUGAAGACGGGCCUCAUUAUCGGCAAAGGGGGUGAAACAAUUAAGAGUAUUAGCCAACAGUCAGGAGCCAGAAUAGAGCUGCAGAGAAACCCUCCACCUAAUUCAGACCCAAAUUUAAAGAUGUUCACAGUACGCGGAUCACCCCAACAGAUUGACUACGCCAGGCAGCUGGUCGAGGAGAAGAUUGGAGGUCCCGUGAGCCCUAUGGGUGGCCCUCAUGGUCCUCCUGGGCCCCAUGGAGGUCCUUCACAUGUCCCACCUGGUCCACCAGGAGCUCCUGCCCCCAUGGGCCCAUUUAAUCCUGGGCCAUAUGGUCAAGGCCCUCCUGGACCACAUGGUCCUCAAGCACCAUACCAGCCUCAAGGCUGGGGCAAUGGAUACCCGCACUGGCAGCAAGGACAGCCAGAUCCCAAUAAAGCAGCGGCUGAUGCUAAUGCUGCUGCGUGGGCAGCCUAUUAUUCACAGUACCAGCAGCAGCCCCAAGGCCCCAUGACACCCACGACAGCUGCCCCAGGCUCAAACCAAACCAACGGGCAAGGUGACCCGCAAGCUCCAGGUCAAAGUGGACAGGCAGAUUACACCAAGGCCUGGGAGGAAUAUUACAAGAAAUUGGGUCAAGGACAGCCUCAGCAGGACUACACCAAGGCAUGGGAAGAGUACUAUAAGAAACAAGGGCAAGCUGCUCCUCAGGCGGCUGCAGCAGCGGCAACUCAGCCAGGUGGUCAGCCAGAUUACAGUGCAGCGUGGGCAGAGUACUACCGCCAGCAGGCAGCGUACUAUGGUCAGGGUGCUCCUCAGUCCAUGGGCGCUGCACCCCAGGCUCAGCAGGUACACUCCCAAUAAAACUUGCCCAUCUCUCUUUCCUUUUGUUGCGUUUGGAUGCCAUUUGGUAUAUGUGCAUGUGUACCCAACACCCCCCUAUUUUUUUCUUUCCCUUUUUUUCUAACAUUUUUCUUCCACAGGUUUAUCAGGUUUCCAGAUGAGUCAUCAAAACAACACUUAACCAAAUUCUUUCCUCCUCCAGCAGGCUUCUUUUAGUCUAUUUAUUUUUAUUUUGGGAGGGUGAUGCAUAUAUGUUUCUGCUUUUAACAUGUUGUGUAUUUCUUAUGUAUUUCUUCUGCACAGGGCCAGUAAUGUGAAGUGGACAUAAAGUAAAUGCUACAUUGUCAGAAAAAAUCCUUUGUUAAAUGUUUGGAUGCAGACGCCAUGAUGAAGAUCUUAAUUUCAUUGGUUUGAGUGUUUAGAUCGCAGACCGGCUCAAGUCAAAUAUAUAUAUAUUUUUUUUCCUUUUUGUUUUGGCAUUCUUGUAAAUGAACGGUUUGUUUUUAGUCGGGCAAUAUUGGUCAUUCCAGCUCCUGUAUCUCAUUAUGUAGUUUGAGACUGAACUAUAGUCAUUUCCAUGUAAAUCAUCUCAUUUUAAUAUGAUAUGCCUGUUGUGUUUUGCAAUAAAACAAAAUGAAACCUCC